UGAAGGACAAGCCAGCUGGUGAUCCAAAGGGAAAGGGGUGGCGCUCAAAUGAGCUUUUAUGAAGUGCCUUUCACGCUUCACAAGCUGAGCAGAAUGGCAACCCAGCGAACCUCGAACAGGCAAGAUGAGUGAAGGCGACCUUUCGAGGAAUAAUCCUGCAAGAGUUUCCCGCAGCCCUGGGUUUGAAGCAAGAAAACUGUUCACUGAACCCUGGGCUCCUCUGAACACAAACGUAGUCUGAGCCGCUAGCCAACAUCGUCACUUCAGAGAAGUGCAGCGCAGCGAGGGCGCACGAGAGGGCUCGCACGGGCGGUUCUGCUGCAAGAGCGCGUGAUCUCCUGCCAUCAUGGAUCCCCUGAGCAUCCUGAGGGACUACUGCGUGCGGAAUGAGCUCGACCAGGUCAAGGUGGUCGGCGAUGUCAUCCACUUUGGCAGCAGCUACCAGUUCCCAAAGGACACGGACACAGCAUUCAGGGUGUGGCAGUCCCAGUCCGGAACUGACUACUAUAAGCUGGAUGCGGUGCUGUUUGUGGCCCAGACGCUGCCGGUCAAGCACACGGAGUACAUCAAGCAGGCGAGGGCGGCGGAGGUGCAGAACGUGAACCUGAUUGACAGGAGAAACCUGACAAAAUACUUCAAGGGGGAGAUUGACACGUGCGACUCCAUCGACAUCAGCGCCGCCCUCCCCGUGCAUAAGUCCAUCCCGCCGGCAGCUGUUGCAGGGCAGAAGCGGCCGGAGCCUGAGGGGAAGGAGGCCGCAGCGCCUGAGGAGGGGACUCGGGAUGCAAAGAAGCCCCGGACAGAUGCUCCAAGCGCAGAGGACACCGCCGCCAUCCUGGACUGGAACAACGAUGCGUUGGUCUUUGAGCGCAUCAAGCGGGAGGAGCGAUUGGUGCGCGACCGCAACGCGAUCCUGCUCUCACACAAGAAGAACUUCUCCGGUAUUCUGGCCAUGCUGACCAAGCCGAAAGAUGACCCCAAGCGGAAAGGGGAGGCCGCCAAUGGUGCCGCAACACCGGCCGGGGAGCGGUAUGCGAACGGGAAGGAGACGGAGCAGUUCUGGAAGGGCUAUGCGCAGGGAGGAGAUGUGGCGGACCUGGGCAUCAAGACGACAGCCACGAGCGACCGGUGGGCGGAGGAGAGCAGCGGCAAGGUGGAGCAGACAAGACAGGCGGUGCGGCAGAAACCAGUCAAGAAAAUUGAGGGCCCGCCCAUCAUCAUCGUCCCCAACGCCGCCAAUACUUUGCUGAACAUCUACAACGCGAAAGACUUUCUGGAGAACGGCAACUACGUGCGGUGGGACGAGAAGGCGAGCCAGACGUCGCUCAAGCCGACCAACGUGGGCGUCAUGCGCAACAUCAACCGCAAGGAGCCGUACCCGCACUACCAGAUCCUCAACGUCGCGCCCAAGGCCGGCUCCAAGGACUGGCAACGAGUGGUGGCGGUGUUCGUCGUUGGGAAGCUUUGGCAGUUCAACGGUUGGCCGUGGUCAGACGUGUCGGAGAUCUUCCACAACGUGAAAGGUUUCCACAUCCGCUACGAGGACGAAAAGCUCGACGACGUCAUCAAGUCCUGGAACGUCAAGUCGAUAAGCAUAAGCAAGUUCAACAGGCACCGUGACAAAACGGCGGCGCUUGAGUUCUGGAACGCGUUGGACAGGUUUCUCGGUGCACAGAAGAAAGGACUCACAUACUGAAGCAUUUCUGUUUCGAGUGCUUCACAUUCCCCUUUCAUCCCGUACAUUAAAUGUCGCUCUAAUGGAGGAUGCAACCAUUUCGU